CGCCCAAAACCUAUAAUCACCAACGUUCCCAAGAAAGUAUGAAAGAACCAAGGAUUUUUUCUAGAGAGCGGCCAACUCCCUGGACUCGUGCCCCAUUCCCACCCCGAGGACGGAUGGACGGUUCUCUUGGUUCACCAAUGGCUCCUGUUUUGAAUGCAGGCAACACAAUGGGGGUAAACCCUGAUCCUUUUCUUUUGGCCAGUGUUCUUGGUGGAAAUAUGACUCGAUUCCCAGCUGGCCCCCUCGCCAGAAAUCCAGCUCCUUUCCCAAAGCCAUCUGGCCCAUUGGCCUCAUGUCCGCCUUCCUUCCCAGCUGGUGCCCGUGACUCAAAUGUGGUUCCUUUUCCAAGAGGGAUGAAUCCUCCAAGCACAAGCUCAGUUCCUUUCCCAAGGUCAGGUGGCCCACUUGGCUCAGGUCUAAACCCUCGAGCAGGUAUUGCCACAGGUGCCGGUCCUAUGUCUAACCCUAGGCCAGGUGGGCUCCCGGGCACAGGUCCUAUGCCUAAUCCUAGGCCAGGUGGGCUCCCAGGCACAGGUCCUAUGUCUAACCCAAGGGCAAGUGGCCUUAUGGGUGCUGGUCUUGAUCCCAGAGCAGGUGGUCUGGGUUCAGGUCCUGGUCCUGACCUGAGACCAGGAGGUUCGCUAGGCACAGGUCUCGGCCCAAACCUAAGGACAGGUGGCCUUAUGGGCACGGGCUCUGGUCCUGACCCCAGAGGAAGUGGGUUCUUGGGUACUACUGGCCCAGGUCCUAAUUCUAGAAUAGGUGGCCUAGGACCGGGCGGCCUGGGCGCUGGUGGCCUGGGACCAGGCGGCCUAGGCACUGGCGGCCUGGGGUCAGGUGGUGUUGGCGCCAAUAGCCUGGGUGCAGGCAAUGUUGGUGCAGGCGGCCUAGGCACAGGUGGCCUGGGUGCAGGCAACAUGGGAGCGGGCGGCCUGAAUACAGGCCCGGGCCCAGGCCCAGGCCUCAACCUAAGAACCAGUGGUCUCUCAAACACAGGGCAUGUCCCUGACCCCAGGGCAAGUGGAUUUCUGGGCACAGGGCUUGGUCCUAACUCUAGAGUUAGUGGCCUAGGCACAGGCCCUGGUCCUGGUCCUGGUCCUAACCCAAGAGCAGGUGCCCCGGGACCAGGCCCUGGUCUUAACCCAAGAGUAGGUCUGGGAACAGGCCAGGGUCCUAAUCUGGAUCCCAGAGCAGGUGGUGUCUUGGGUUCAGGAGCUGGUCCCAAUUUGAGAGCUGCUGGUCUCAUAGGCUCAGGAUCUGGUCUUGAUUUGAGAGCCUCUGGAUCUCUAGGUAUGGAUCUUGCUCCCAUUUUAAGGGCAGCUGGCCUCCUUGGAGCAAAUUCAGCCCCUUUCUCACAGUCAUCUGGAAAUAUGGGUCCAAAUCCAUCUUCCAUGACAAGAGCAACAGGUCCUAUGGGUCCAAACUCUGGUCCUGGUUCUAGGAUAGUUGGCCUUGCAGGUCCAAACUCUUCUCCUAUGCCAAGGGCUAGUGGCCCAUUAGGUCCUAAUUCAACUUCUUUCUCGAGGCCAACUGGUCCCUUAGGUGUAAACUCAACUCCCUUUCCAAGGGGGACAAAUCCUGCAGGCUUGAACCCAGCUACAUUUUCCCAGUCGACCAGCUCAAACCCACCUACUUUUCCACGUUCCACUGGUCUUCAGGCACACAGUACAGCAAUUUUCCCAAGGUCAUCUGGUCCCUUGGGCCCAAACCCACCUAAUUUCCCAAGAUCAGCUGGACUGCAAGGCCCAAGUCCAGCUUCUUUCCCAAGAUCCACUGGCCCACUCGGUCCUAGUCAAGUCCCUUUCCCCAGGUCUGCUGCUGGUUCACUAGGUCCCACAUCAGCAAGUGCUCCAGGUAUAAACCAAGCUCCUUUUCCAAGGCCAUCUGGUCCCAUGGGUAUAAACCCAUCUUUUCCUAGGGUCAAUGGCCCUAUAAUGAAGACUGUGGUACCAUUUCCUAGGAGUGGAAGCCUUUCUGGCCCCGGUCCAACUUUUCCUAGACCAGGAGGCCCGUUGGCUGCAAUGUACUCGAAUGGAAUGCUGCCACCCUAGAGACCACCCCCUCCCGCCUAGGCUACAUUGGCUGCAAGGUACCACGGCUUUGGGCAAGAUGGAAACGGCUGUGUUCUGAAGGCCACAGUAAGGCUUGACUUGAUGGCCAUUUCUUUCCACGGCUUAUUUCUCCAGUGAAGAUGGAGUCUUCGAUUUGCUUGUGAGACAAGGACUCUGGCAGGCAAGCUCAACCCUAAGGAUGGGGAGAAAGACUCCCAGUGUCCUGUAGCCUGUGGUGCUUUCUCACUGCUUUGUGCCGACUUCUCUCUUUCUUACUCAUUUCUUGGAUUGUUCUCCUGGACUUUUCCUCAGGGAUGCAAAGGCCUGCCAGUCCCAGCUCAUUCUGUACUACCAUCUUCCUUACCAGAGAAAACCCGGGUAGCUGCUUUUGUUAAUUGUGUUCCAGUUUUCAAACAUUACUCAGUAACUUUGUAUAGAGCAGCUCUGACUGGAUAGUCCUUUUCAGUUCUAAGUAAAGCUUAUUUCUUUAUGCCACAAACUGGACAUUGGCCACCUCUGGAAUUCACAGGAGGCCAAAGUUGUGAAGCAGCUUCUCGCCUGCCCUUCUUGCUACUGUUACUCCCAAUCAAAGAACCUCAAGAUUUUGAAUUUGAUGUUGGCUCUGGGACCUAGGGGGUGGGGGGGAUGGGAGGUAAAAGGGAGGGGGAGGGGAAUAAUCACUGCUUUUCAGCCUGGUAUGAAGGCAUCGUUGGUGUUUCAUUCUACAAUAUAUCAUUUCUUACUGUUUCUUUAAUAAAUGGGAUGGGAGGUUGCUGAUUUUGAGCCCAUUUUGUUACCUGGCCCAGGAGUAAGGAACCUCACCCAUGAGUUUUAAUUGUUUUAGCUGAAGUUGGCUGUGAGCCGACAUUCUCUUCUGUGUAGCUUGUCUAGCUGCUUUUGCUGUAGGAAUAAGAAAGCUCACAUUUGUGUUCACAGCUGGAGCUUUCUUACUCAUCUGCCUGAUAAUUCAUCAAGGAUUUUGACCCAAAUUACAAUCUGAUUUAGCUCCCACUUGUAUAUAACAUCUUUAAUAUUGUUCCUGGGCUAAAUGCACAAUCACCUUUCACGGUUUUGUCAGUUAAAUGGACUGAGUUUAUGUUGGAAAUUAUCUGGGAAAGUGGUUGGAUGGCAAAUAAACCAGAGAGAUGGAAGUUAAAUUUCAGUUCUUGUUCACUUAAAGACUCCAAACCAGUAUCAAGCACAGUGAACCCUUUAUCUUUGGGAAACUGCUUUGCCAAGAGAUCAGUGUCAUGCUGUGGGAUGUAUUGAAUGGUAUAUUACCUGGCAUACCAGUAUCUUUUAGCCCCAUUUCAAGUUCCAGAUUUGGGACUUACUGAGACACACCUAAGUUUUUUUACACCGAUUAAAAACAAGGGGGAUUGAGGACCUCUAAGAAAUAAGAAGACUGCUAUUCUCGUGUGCAAAUUUUUAUUUUGACAAAUACAUCAUAGUAUAAAAACUUUGACCUUUUUGAAAAGUGAAAAAAAUGUAGGUAAAAAAUAAAUACAUUUACAAAUCAUUGUAGAAAUAAGUAAUUACAAAAGAUCAGAAAAACCCUCAUUAAAAUGGGAUUUAAGAGAAAAACCAAAUUUUUCAUUAAUAUAAAUUCUCUUCCCUUGCAUGAAAUAGGGAUAAAGCAGAAGAUGUUUGGUUUUGCGUUUUACAGAAAAUAUAAAAAAUAACUUAUAAAAACCAGUCGAGGUUGAAAGUUGUGAGCCCACUUAUCUGCCUCUGCUCCUUUUCUAUCUGGGAGUCUGGCAACAGUAGCAGGAUUGGAGGAACUUUGAUGGUAGGACAGCUAGGAAAAACCUAUUCUUUCCUUAACCAUUUUUAGGUAAAAUUGAGAAAAGUAAGCCCUUAGUUUUAAAUCUGCACCUUGCAUUGGCUGGCUGGAUUUCCUCCAGUAUUUAGAUCAAAAGAUCACUCUUUAAUAAGCAAAACUUUGGAAUGAACUAGAGCUGGUACCUCUGGCCUCUUCCUCAUCCAUGAUGGUCUGCCUUCCCGGAGGAGUAGAGAGCUGCUGUGAUGCUGCAACUGCUGGCAGCACCUCCAAGACACAAAACUUGUUUGAAAAGAAAAGCACCAUAAGUUGACCCAGUGGCCAUUUGGAGCACACUUCCUUCUCUUGCAGGAAACAACAGGUGUCCUAGAGGGUUUUUUUUUUUUGUUUGUUUGUUUGUUUGUUUUUUCCUAAUUUGCCUUUUGAGUAUUAGGGACUGAUUCAAUAGUGAAGAAUAAAGUCAGGAAUAUUAUUGUGGUCUUGCUACACAAGAGAUGCUCAAAGUCCCAAAGAUAAGUUAAACUAAUUCAUGUUAACCCAAGAAUUGAGAAUAUACAAUUAAUGGUUUUUCAGCCAAUGAGAUGUAGAAAGAAGUGAGACAAAAAAAAAAAAAAAAAAAGACCUUGGGAACUGGAAACGCCCCAUUUCCUGGUUCUGUGUUGCCUAGAAAUAAGCAAAGCAAAUAUAAAGCUGAAAAUUUUGAAACUUAGCUGUGAGAAAACUGAAAAAUGCCUAGGGGAUAGGAUGGAGAAACCCACUAUUUGGGGUAUAAGUGACAACUAAGACAAGAAUUGCAUCUGUAAACUAGUUGAUUAUGUAGAAUCCAAGACAGCAGGUUGUAGUGGAGGGCAGGAGGCUGGGCUUCAUAUAAUGAGCAACAGCUUGUUGGAGUCAACCUGAAAUUCAAAUCUAAAUCAGCUUCAUAAAUAUCUACUUGCCCUCAGUCACCCCAAACAGUUAUCUACCUGUCUUGGGCAGACUUUUCUGCCACUUGAAACACUGACAACAGUGCUAUGGAGGAAAGAGAAGUGGUUCACUUAGAAACCCCAUGGAUUUAGACGACUUCAUAAUUUCCUAAGCUUUAAAUGAUUUUGUUAUAAUUUCUUGAGUUGUACAUGGGAAGCCUUAAUCUGGAACUCCAAUUUAAGAAUUCCAUCCAUGACUAAAAUUUACUGUGGCCUGUAGUAUACUAAAAGAACAUAGAUGACUGACAUGUGUGCCCUCUUCCUGGUAUAAAUUCACCUUCAACUGCUACUGAAAGUUUCUAAUCCCUGCCGAUUUGGUCACUUUCUGGGUGUUCAGGAAUACUUGAGGAUCUUCAAACUAAAUCCCCAUUCUCAGACCCUGUUCCCUGAUGCCCAAGAGGCCAGUCCACUUCCUGGGGACAAUCGUAGGGAUCUAGCGAUUGGAAGUGUGGGCAGAGCUGG